AUGGUCACGCUCUCCGUUGCCCGCAAGGAUGAGAGCGGUGACCCACGUCACUUUGGCACUUCCACGGAUGACACCGCCAUUUAUUUAGAGGAUUCCAUGGACGAGCCUACCGCCCGAUGUAUCAGCUCUGCCCCAUCGGUGGUGGCUAUUCUCUCUCCGCAGCGACUACACACAAAUGGCGGUCGCACUGUUGACAUUACUGAGUAUGACAACAGUAGCAUUGGAAACAGCUGUGGCGCAAAGUCCGAUCGAUACGUUCCUCUUUCUGACUUGACAAACACGGGCGUCACUCGGUUGUCUCUUUCAAAGUCACCUAUGCCACGACGCUCGUUGUCCUUGUCCGCGGCGCCAAGGCGUAACUCCUCGCAUACACCGAAUUCCUGUGAUAAGCGACAGCCACACAACCAUCCGAACCAGCGUCAUCACUAUCAACAUACACAUUGCGCCAAGUCCGCUUCAGUGGGCCAAAGUUUAGGGGCAAGCCUACAACCGGAACGCUUGGUUCCACUUGCCGAGUAUGAAAAGCUUCAGCGGGAGCGUAAUCGUUACGAAAAGAUGUAUGAACAUCAAAAGGCUCUUUAUGAAGACAUGGCACAGAGACAGAGUGAAACGCACCAAGAACUGCAGAAGAAAAUUAUGGAUGUUGUUGCUCUUUCCACACGGAAUGAGGAAAAUAAACGAUUUAUUCGUCAGUUCAAACGAGAUGUGGCCGAAAACAGAACACGUGUCAUGGACAUUCAGAACCGUGCCCUCGAGGAGACGAGGCAGGAAAAGAGCGCCCGGGAGCAGUAUCAAAGACAGUUACGUGAGUAUGAAGACAAAUACACUCUUCUUAUCGAGAAGCAGGAGACGAAGAUGACUGGUCUUGAGAGCUUGCUGAAGGAUAUUACGUCUAUGAGGGGAGAGGGAGACAGAGUUCAUGUGUCACAGCUUGACGCCCUUCUCAAGGCAGCUUACGCAAAAAACACCGCCCUCUUUGGUGAUCUACUGCGUCAGGGACGUCAAAUAGACUUGUUGUUUGAGGGGAAGACAUCGCUUGAGAAACAGCUAGAGCAGUUGCGCCGUGAGAGACGCGAGAUAGAAGCGGCAUGGGCAGAGGAGCGGCGACGGAUGAUGGCGGAGACGGAGCGCUACAGCGCGGAGGUGGCGCAGCAGCAAAGCUCCAUCUUGGAGCUACGACAAAUGUUGAUACGCGUCCUUGACUCCGAGGGCCCCGCUCGGGGCGGAGAGCAGAAUGACGACGACACCGACAGCAGUAGUUACUCCUCUGGCUCCGCCUCACAGGGUACUCGGGAUGAAGACGAGGAGGGCGGAAGCGAGGAGGACGAGGAGGACACUCUGAUGGGUAAGUUGGGCGCGUCAGUCGUUUUUGCUGCGAAGUCGCAGGAUGCGGAGGCGGAUAAGGACGCCGCGCAGCCACCGCUGCCACACGUAGAACGAUCGCUAGAGCGUCGGGCGCCCGACUUGGCGACGCUCUCCGCGCAGAUUCAGGCGAAGUUGAAGGCCCUCCCAAGGGGGCGGGUGUGA